GUCGCGUUUGACUCGUCGGUUUAACGGCGUCGGCGCUUGUUGUGUACGUCACUUCCGGGCGGCGCGCGGGACGGAGUGGUCAACGGCCUGCAGAGCAACAUGCCUAAGUUUUAUUGUGACUACUGCGACACAUACCUCACCCAUGACUCCCCAUCUGUGAGAAAGACACACUGCAGUGGUAGGAAACACAAAGAGAAUGUGAAAGACUACUAUCAGAAAUGGAUGGAAGAGCAAGCCCAGAGCCUGAUCGACAAAACAACCGCUGCAUUUCAGCAAGGAAAGAUUCCUCCUACUCCAUUCUCUGCUCCCCCUCCUGCAGGGGCCAUGAUUCCACCUCCCCCCAGUCUCCCGGGUCCUCCUCGCCCUGGUAUGAUGCCAGCACCCCACAUGGGGGGCCCUCCCAUGAUGCCAAUGAUGGGCCCUCCUCCUCCUGGGAUGAUGCCAGUGGGACCUGCUCCUGGAAUGCGGCCGCCUAUGGGAGGCCACAUGCCGAUGAUGCCUGGGCCCCCGAUGAUGAGACCUCCUGCCCGUCCCAUGAUGGUGCCCACUCGACCGGGAAUGACUCGACCGGACAGAUAAGGAGAGACAGGGGCCUCUUUGUAUCCAUUUUAUAUCACUCGUUCUGCUUCACCAGGAGAUCAUGGUGCUGUGACUCUGGGUGUUUUCUAACGGCAUGACAAGGAAGACUUGCUCCCCCUUCCUAUCAAACAGAGGAUAGUUUUUGCGAGGGAGUAGUGGGACAAACAAACAACAAAAAGAGCAAUUUUCAUUUGUAUUGUGAAAUGUGAAAAUAAAGUUGUCAACUGUUUUAGUUAAAA